CUCUACACUGAAAAUCAGUUCUCCACAUCCCAUCGAACAUACAGAAAGUAUCUCUCUCAACACUUAUCUACAGAGCAGUAAUGGAAGGCCUAGUUAAGGGAUUGAUCAAUGCAGUUUUGGGUGGUGAUGAAGAUAACGCAGAAAGAAGAGAAGGUCAGGGGCACCACCCUCAAUCUCAGUCUCAUGAUGUUGAACAGCAGUCGAGAUCCUCCUGGGCUCAGGUGGUCUCUGGGGAUAAUGAUGAUGAAGGGUAUAGCAGGGAUCAUGGUAGAAAUGAGUAUAAUAGACAGGAAGGGAAUUAUGGAAGAAAUGAGGCGUGGGAAUCAAGUGGAUCGCGGCCAGCCAUGAGACCCCAGAAGGCCACUUGGCAGGAUAAUGAGAGAAAUGAUGAGCGUAGACAAGAUAAUUACGACCAGAGCCAGUGGAAUCAACAGCAGGGAGGAGAAAGCAAAGAUGGUUGGGAAACUGUCCAUAAAAAGCCUUCAAAAAGACACCAAAAGGUACACAUGGAUCACUGGGACAACUAUAAACGCCCUCCUGAAGAACAAACUUACUCUAAUGAGGUUGAAUACAGAAGUCACAUGGAGCCCUCAGAAGAAGAACUGAGAGAUCUAUCUAAAGCUUGUAACAAGCUCUGGGAACUGGAUUUAAACCGUUUGACACCAGGCAAGGACUAUGAAAUUGAUAUUGGUGAAGGAAAGAAGGUUUACCAAAAAGGAGAUUGUGCAGAAGGAAGCCUAUUUUCCUGGGUGAAUGAAGAUAUAUUUAAGAGGCCUACUUUUUCUCGCUUUUGUUCUCUUUUAGAUAACUACAACCCACAUGAAGGGUACAAGGAAAAUGUGACAUCUCAAGAGAAGCAGGAGCAAACAGCAUUUAUAGAAGAAAUCAGUAGAACUGCACCAAUCAAAUAUCUCUACAAUUAUCUCAUAUCAAAGGGCAUUGUGUCCCAUAACUAUGAGGAGUUCAAGAGAGUGAUGACUAGUCUCUGGUUUGACCUUUACAACCGAGGUGGUACCCAUGGUUCUUCUUCAGCUUUUGAGCAUGUUUUUGUUGGAGAAAUCAAGCAACGUGGAGAGCAAGAAGUGUCUGGAUUCCACAACUGGCUUCAGUUUUAUCUUGAAGAAGCAAAGGGGAGGGUGGAUUAUCAAGGUUAUAUUCUUCCUCGAAGGCAUGGACAGUUUCCUGACUCCGAGACCCAGUUACUCACAAUUCAGUUUGAAUGGAACGGUGUUCUGAAAUCUGUUUCAAGCUGUUUGGUAGGAGUGAGUCCUGAGUUUGAAGUUGCGCUUUAUACUCUAUGUUUCUUUGUGGGUGGAGAAGAUAAUCAAGUUGAGCUUGGUCCAUAUCCUGUCAAUGUGAAGUGCUAUCGUUUGGGGAACAAACUCGGUUCUGCUUUCCCAAUUGCAGACUCUUGAAGAGAAAAGUAAAAAGUGGAUGCUGUACUUGUUAACCUGAAUUAUUUUGUUAAAUUGAAUGGAUUCUAAAACACUAAGCAGCACUCAGGAUAUUUAUCAUAAUGGAGCUGUAUGAUUGUGACAUUUACGAAUGGUACUAUCCCUACUGGAAGAUACGUAGUAUGAGAUAUCUGUAAACAGACAGGCCACCUUUGGUUUUGUUUUUAUAUUAUCCGUCUCUGUUGCAAUAUAUAAGUUCACAUUCCAUUACAGUUUA